AUCUUUGAUAAAGAAUUUUAAAGUGUAUCCAUUAAAUACGACGUAAACGUCUGCAGGUCAAAACUAUUGUUUCCACGAGUUAACAUUUGAUCCUAGUGUAACUUUUUCUUGUUUUAACGCCGCCUGCUGCAAUGGGUGGCUGCUCCGCUCCAAAUUGCUCCAACUCAACCAGCGUAGGUAAACAGCUGUUUAGAUUCCCCCAAGACCCUGUCCGUAAGAAGAAAUGGGUCGUGAACUGUCGGCGUAACUUUGAACCAACUCCACACUCCAGACUCUGUCAGGACCAUUUUGAGCAGAGCCAGUUUGAGGAGAUAGCAAGGUCUCCUGCCGGGGGAAAGAAGCUGAAGCCCAAUGCCGUUCCCACUCUGUUCAGCUUUGGAGACCCUCCUUACCCUGCAGUCACUACUCCAUACAUCUUGCUGCCCAUGAAACCUGAACCAGUGGAGAAAGAGCUGAACUUCGGGGACCAUGGUUAUGCCAGACGCACCCCUCUACCUGGCCUGGAGGAGGAGGAGGAUGCCGACAGGACUGCCAGUGACCAGCAGCCCUGCACACGGUGUCAACUCCUUAAGAAACAGCUGGAGCAGGAGAUACAGCACACUGCGAGGCUACAGAAGGAGGCAGAGGAGAUGAAGAAGCGUCUGUAUCGCCUGGACCGGAUCGAAAAGGGUCUCCAGAACUUUCUGUCCGAGGACCAGAUUCGCACCCUGUCCCUCACCAAACGCUCCCGCCGUGCUGUCUGGUCUCCAGAGACCAUCCUGAAGGCCCAAAAGAUCCGCUGUGCAGUUGGCACAAAAGGCUAUGAGUACUUGAGAGAGCUGGGAUACCCUUUGCCCUCCUACCGGACUCUGUGUAACCGCCUUGAGACUAAGAUCAUGGUGACAACCGACAUGAGCUGUGAGAUGCUGGCGGAGCUGGGCCUGGGGCUCAUGGCCCCCUGUCACAGUCCCACAGAAGGCGUUGGGGACAAUGAUGAGGAGGAAUUGAUAGGGGUUUUGUCCUGAUUGUGGCAGUUUGCAUGACGUACUGAAAGGAAGAAUGUGCAGAAUUUGCUGUGUAAAACAUCUGCAGUAGUAACAUAAGAUGGCCACAUCAUGCUUCUAUCUCAUCUAUGAAUUACUUAAGCCUCAAUAUAAAUGUGUGCUGAGAUGACUCAUUUGAAUUGUCACCUGGCUGUGCUUGUGAUCUGCACCACUACGACUUGGAUUUGCUCGAUUGAGGUGAGAUGCUGAGGCUGGCAGUUAGCCUAGGUUUAUGCUGAGCUACGGCAUGUGCAGCAACAUGUGAGGAGAUGUAGGGUGUAGUCUGUGACAAAGUAGACUCCCACUGAAAAUGUGGGUUUGUGUGAAAAGUGUGGACAUAAUUUGCACAAAGCCUGUUGAAUUUGCUGCUUUUGUUUACAGCUGGUGUAACAAGCGUUCCACUGACAGUGUUUACAUGAACAGUUAAACCCUGGUAGUAUUCAGGAUACUCAAAUGUACUGAGAGCAGGUAAGCUCAUAUCCUGCGUUAGGUAGCUUGAGCAUUCUGAUAACCUAAGAACAAAAGUGGUCUACAAUGUAUCUUACACUAUAAACUGUUUCCUGUGCAUUAUGCAAGCUUUAUUUUUGUUACAGUUCACCCAAAAUGUUUAGCAUUUGAUGGUUUGUGUAAAGCAGUGGCACAAAACUGGGAUAAAUGUGAGCGUCCAGGAAGGUGUUUGCAUUGAAACACAAUCAGUGGGGUGUGGUCUGGAACCGUGCUGUUUGAAUUAACCUCCUCCGCAGCAAAUCAUUCAGAUGCUGUCACCAAAAUUGGGGUUGAUUCCUUCAUUCACGGAGCCUAUUUUGAUCACAUUUUCAAAAAUGAAAACCUUUGCUAUUUUUCCAGAAGGUUAGAAAUCAUAGACUGUAUUAGGGAGCUGUGUAGUCAGCAAGGACUUGAAAGUAAAACUCUGCAUUGGUUUCAUGUAAUUCUGCACUAGAUGGAUUGUAAAUUCAGUUGGAUAUUCAAGUGUUCACAUUUGCAUCAAAGUUGUGGUUACCUUAAAGGGUAUCACGAAAAAAGCUCAGGCUAGUCACAGUAAGUCACGUGACAUUCAAUAUCCAAAACACUGGCACUGUCAGAAAA